UGCCGCUCAUUGCUCCAUUGAAAACGCAGGGACUGAGCGGCGUGUUGCAAUUUUGGAACGCAUCUGUUCCCAAAGAGCAGAAACUGAGAAGUCAUCCCAUUUAUACCUUCGGAUUAGAAACAGAUCUUUAAAACAGCUGAUCCUGCCCCCUUCUCGCCAGCUUGCGAGAACUUUUCCUAGAUCUGUAUGUAACCAACUCCAUCAUUAUGCAAGUCGUUCCCUCCUCCUUCUGCUCUGAUGCGGGAUCUCUAAUGUAGGGUGAUGGUUUCCUUGCGGAACCUUUUCUCUGUAACACUAGGAGUUGGUGCUUUCUGGGAAGGUGCAGCGUUUGCUACUGCUAAGUGCAGAAAUGACCAUUUUAUUACGGAAGAGUUUCCAUCGAGUUACUCAUGGCAGAUUGUUGCAACAAAGGACCAUGUCUCUCUAUAACUAUACCCAUGGUUUUGAGGAGGAGAAAAUAAAGAAAAAACUUCAGCAGUUUCCAGGUGGAUCUAUUGAUCUUUUCAAAGGAGAUGAUGGCAUUGGGAUACUUACAUUGAACAACCCAAGAUUUAUGAAUGCAUUUACAGGUACGAUGAUGAUAGAGCUACAGGAGAGGGUUGCUGAACUGGAAAACUGGAAAGAUGGGAAAGGGCUUAUUGUCCAUGGUGCAGAAAAUACAUUUUGCUCAGGAUCGGAUCUGAAUGCCGUCAGGGUCCUGUCCAGCCCACAGGCAAGUGAUGGCAGAAAUUGAUUUCUCUGCCUUUGUAUUUGUAAUUCUGAAUGGUUUCUUUUUUGCUUUCCCUCUUUGUGUAGGUUACCUCUGAUUACAGUUGCAUUAGUUCAAGGGAAAGCUCUGGGAGGAGGCGCAGAACUGACCACUGCAUGUGACUUCAGGUUAAUGACCCCAGAGGGUGAAAUUAGAUUUGUCCACAAGCAGAUGGGCUUAGUACCAGGCUGGGGAGGAGCUGCCAGGCUCGUACAAAUCCUUGGCAGCAGCCCUGCCCUCAGAUUGCUGAGUGGUGCCAUAAAACUGGAGCCAGAGAGUGCCCUUCGUAUUGGCCUGGUAGAAGCAGUGUUGUCCUCAUCUGAUGAACCUGAAUCGCUAGAAGAAACACGCACGUGGCUCCAGCCAUACACAAAAGGCCCUGCUGCAGUAAUUCAGGCUGUGAAGAAAGUAGUUUCAACAGGACGAGAGCUGCGGUUCGAAGCUGCCUUAAUGACAGAAAAAGAGACUUUUGGAACUGUUUGGGGUGGGCCUGCCAAUUUACAGGCCUUAGCUCAGAGAACAAAACAUAAAUAAAUUAUACACAAAA